UCUGUGUAUUUUCAGCCACACGCUGACAGCUGUGCAGCAACCCCACGUACGUGCUCAUAUCCGGAGGAACACAGAGACAGAGAGGAGAGACGGAGGAGAGGCUGAGACAUCCCUCGUGUUUUUUUUGCACCUUUUUUUUUGCUCCGCAGACGCGUACGUGACUUAUCUGCUCCCGGAUUUCCCUUCAACUUUUUCUGUGUGGUUUUUAUACUGUUUUUCACUGUCGCAUCCCCUCCAUCCUCCGACUCUUUGGAAUGAACUGUUUCCCUGCCUGCGUCGUUUCCAUGUCAGCAUGGGAACUGCCGUGUCCAAAAGGAAGAAUUUAAGAAACGAUGCGAUAUCUUCUGUGGCAGCAAAAGUUAGAGCAGCGAGAGCAUUUGGAGAGUACCUGUCCCACACACACCCUGAAAACCGAAACGGAUCAGCUCAUCUUCUGUGUGAAACCUUGGUGGGUCCCGACCCGGAGUCCCCAAGUGACACGAUUGGUCCCAACAACAAUAAUCACCUUCACCCCUGCUCCAACACUACCAAGGGCUGUGAGGACAAACGGGAGUCCAGCCUGGUGAAACCCCCGCUGGGCUUACUCCAGCCACCUCCCCCCUCCAUCACCAUCUCUACCAAAGCGUCACGACUCUCCCUUGAGCGCAGCUUCUCAGCGGAGGAAGACCAGCAGAAGUCCGUCGAGUGCACCCUGCAGCCUGCCCGCGUGUACACCAUCACCACCCAGCGCGGUAUGCUGAUGAGCAGCGGCCGGGGCAGCAAGGAGAGCCUAGAACUGGACGUCCUAAAGGAAAAGACGGGGAGUGGCGGGGUUGGAUCCAGAGGUGGCUUGAUCCAGUCCUCCACUUCCCCUUCCUCCACCUCAUCUUCUCCAACACAAUACCACCAGGCCAGCAGCGGCCGUUGCACCAGCCACCAUCACAGAAACCAUCACGACCCUCACCACGGGAACCACCACCAUGCGCCCUCCAGUAGUGCAGGAAGUAGCGGGGCAAGUGGAAGCAGCAGUAGCAACCAGCAGCAGCAGCAGCAGCAGCAGCAGCAGCAGCAGGCUUUAAACGUCGCUGGAUCCCACUCCCAUCAUGGAUCACACCACCACCACCAUCACCUGUCUCAACCCCCACUGCAGACCUCCGUCAGCGCCCACAACAUCCGCAGCUGGGGCGAGGGUGGAAAAGGGGAGGCGGAGUGCAGCGGGCUGGCCUGUGAGUCAUGCAGCGGCGCCCCCUCACGGAGCCAGGGCUCCCUGGAUCUGGAGAGCGCUUCCCGAGAGGCAGGCAAGCAGCACCGACGCCUAGAGCGGAUGUGGAGUGUGGACCGGGUGACUGGGCUGGAGAGAGAAGACACUAACUGGUUCCCCAAGGAAAAUAUGUUCAGCUUUCAAACUGCCACAACAACCAUGCAGGCGAACUUCCGGAAGCAUCUUCGGAUGGUGGGCAGCAGGAGGAUGAAAGCACAGACAUUCGCAGAGCGUAGAUCGAAGAGUUUCAACCGUUCCUGGAGUGACCCCACCCCUGUCAAGACAGACCCUCCUCAUGAACCCAGAGACAGCGGAGACCUGCAGACCUCCUGUAAUACCUUGGAUGAAGGAGGCCUUGAUGACAGUAUGGACUGGGAGGAGGAGAGGGAGAUGGAGAGGCUUGCCUGUGAAGCGGACGACUUUGUACCUCCCAAGAUCAUGCUGAUCUCAUCUAAGGUCCCGAAGGCAGAGUACGUUCCCACUAUAAUCCGCAGGGAUGACCCCUCCAUCAUCCCCAUCCUCUAUGACCAUGAACAUGCAACUUUUGAUGAUAUUUUGGAGGAAAUAGAGAAGAAGCUCACAGCUUACAGGAGAGGAAGCAAGUUCUGGAGGAUGCUCAUCUUUUGUCAGGGAGGCCCCGGUCAUCUGUAUUUACUGAAGAAUAAAGUGGCAACUUUCGCUAAGGUGGAAAAGGAGGAGGACAUGAGCCAAUUCUGGAGGAGGCUUAGUCGCUUCAUGAGUAAAAUCAACCCAGAACCCAACCUCAUCCACAUAAUGGGAUGCUACGUCCUGGGCAACCCCAAUGGAGAGAAGCUGUUCCAGAAACUGAAGAAUCUGAUGAGGCCUUAUUCUGUCGAGUUUGAGUCGCCGCUGGAGCUGUCUGCGCAGGGCAAAGAGAUGAUUGAGAUGUACUUCGACUUCCGCCUCUACCGACUCUGGAAGACGCGCCAGCACUCCAAACUCUUGGACUAUGAGGAGUUUUUGUGACGAAGAAACUCGGAUGACGGGCCCCGCAGAGCCCCCCCUCCCAGUGCCACGAGGAACAACUGUUAACAACUGAUCCAAUGACUGAACCUUGCUCAACUAUAGCGCUCGACCCGUCAACUCAAUAUAAACAGUCACGCCUCCUUUCAUCCUGGAGAGGACUGAGAGAAGAGGAGGAGGAGGGAUGACAGGCAGGACAAGGAGGCUGAAGACAAACUAAAUUACUCCGUGCCUCAGCUCCUCCUCGUUUUCAGAGAAAGGAUCAGGGACUAACAAGGGCCGAGAAAACACGCAUAAAAGAAAAUGAGGAAAUAGCAGAGACGUCUGGACUGUUCAUGUCUUAGUCAUCAACUCCCUUUGCCUCCUGAGUUUGAAAGGAAAAUCAAAAAUUCAAAUGUGUAAAAAACGAAAUAUCAUUUUAGUCUCACCUCUGUUGCAAAGACACAUUUUUCUGAGGCUGAUGUGCUUCAGAAAAAUCACCGAAACUCAUCCUGCCAUUAUGUGGUUCUGUGUUUUGACCGAACCUCUCAGACGACCCCGGACACAUGCAUAUACAUGAAUAAUCCAUAUGUCGAUGUGUGUAUAUAUCACAUUAAUAUAUUAGCAUAGCUUUAGUCAUGCAAAUAAUACUCUAUAUGAAAAUAAUGAUGCAUCAUUUAUUUUUGAUGUGCAUUGUUGUGCAGUUUCAUAUGGAAAUACUUUGGAAUAACUCAGGUUUUAGCCAUGAAGUAAUUAAUCUGUUUGUCUAUUCUAUCAAGAUAUUGUAAUCUUCAUCGCCAUCGCUUGGAACGAAUGUAUUAUCUCUCUAGAAAUGUAUCUUCGGUUUGAGGAAUUGAGCUUCAUGUUUUGGUAAAAAAAAUAACAAAAAAAAAAGUGCUGAUUUUGUGUGCGAGUGUGCGCGCGUGUUUCCCAUGUCAAAAAAAAAGAAAACAGGCAGAUGUGUUGUGUAUUUUCUC